CAUGUUUCGUUUUGGAAAGAUAAAGAUAAAGGUUUCUACUUUUUAGGUAUUUUGUGUGAUUCAUGUAACCCUCUCUGUUAUUGUCCUUGCUCUUCAAUUUCACCUGAUCCUCUGUUUUUUUUGUUUUUGGAUAAAGUUUCGAGCUUUGUGUCCUCUCUUUGUGAUCUCUUUAAUCAAAAAGGUUGAAACUUUGAGGGUUUCUAAUUAGGUUUUGGCUGAGAAAUUGAGUGUAUGCUCCUUACUGAUUAGGUGAGAUCAAAACCCAUCGGAUAGAUCCGUCAGAUCUGUUAACAAAGAGGUACUUCUUCAUCUUCUUGAUUUUGAUACUCUUUGGCUACGUUAGUGUUCAAGAACGGCGGCGUUUUGGUCUCUGUGGAUAGCUGAAUUGGAUGUUGGUAGUAUCACUGAAGAUCAUUAGAACAUUGACUUAGAGAUGAAGAAGAUUGAUUUACUCAGUUAAGGUGUGGAAGCUGUGCAUAGGAACGAACUAAUGGAAGAGAUUUCACCAGCAGUUGCACUAACUUUGAGUCUAGCCAACACUAUGUGUGACUCUGGAAUCUCAUCAGCUUUAGAUAUCACCGAGCUAGAGAACGUUACUGACGCAGUUAACAUGCUGUGUGAUCAGAACGGUGAGGUUGAGUAUACAAUGGAAGAAGAUGUUUCAGCUUCAGAGGUAGUCAUUAGCUUGCCUGAAGAAACUCAUCAUCAUAACGUAGCAAGAGGAGGAAGCAGAAGCGUCUACGAGCUAGACUGCAUACCUCUCUGGGGCACAGCUUCAAUCCGCGGCGAAAGAUCAGAGAUGGAGGAUGCUGUUAGAGCGUUACCACGUUUUCUCAAAAUACCAAUUAAAAUGCUUAUGGGAGGAGAUCAAGAAGGGAUGAGUCCGAGUCUCACACACCUCACUAGUCACUUCUUCGGUGUAUACGAUGGCCACGGAGGCCUCCAGGUUGCUGACUAUUGUCAUGAUAGAAUCCAUUUUGCUUUGGCUGAAGAGAUCGAGUGGAUUAAAGAGGAGCUCUGCGAGAGGCUGCAGGUGCAGUGGGAGAAAGUGUUUUUUGACUGUUUCUUGAAGGUUGAUGAUGAGGUUAAAGGGAAGAUCAACAGACCUGUCGUUGGUGCUUCUGAUGAGAUGGUUCUUGAGGCUGUUUCUCCUGAAACCGUUGGAUCAACGGCCGUGGUUGCUUUGGUUUGCUCUUCGCAUAUAAUAGUGUCAAACUGUGGUGACUCGAGAGCGGUUUUGCUACGUGGCAAAGAAGCUAUGCCUUUAUCAGUUGAUCACAAACCAGAUAGAGAAGAUGAGUAUGCAAGAAUAGAGAGAGCUGGAGGAAAAGUUAUACAAUGGCAAGGGGCUCGUGUCUCUGGCGUUCUCGCCAUGUCCAGGUCCAUUGGUGAUCAGUAUCUGGAGCCAUAUGUGAUACCAGAGCCCGAAGUGACGUUUAUGCCACGGGCAAGAGAAGACGAGUGUUUGAUAUUAGCCAGCGAUGGGCUUUGGGACGUGAUGAGUAACCAAGACGCUUGCGAGUUUGCGAGGAGACGGAUCUUGUGGUGGCACAAGAGGAAUGGAGCGUUGCCUUUAGCUGAGAGAGGUGUAGGGGAAGACCAGGCGUGCCAAGCCGCUGCUGAUUAUCUUUCCAAACUCGCUCUUCAGAAGGGAAGCAGAGAUAAUAUCUCGGUCAUUGUGGUUGACCUGAAAGCUCAAAGGAAGGUGAAGAUCAGGUCUUGAAACAGUGUAACGCUCGAGCACUUACAGUACUAUAAUUUUUUUAGUAAUUUUUUAAUGUCACAAGUUUACGUAAAAAUAAGAAGUUGAUGAUGAUGCAUAGCUAAAAGUCCAUUCCUUUUACUCAUGGACUUCAAUGUGUAUGUUAUGUAUAAGAAACAGAAGCGAAAUGUGUUUUUUUUUUGGAUAUGUUGUGUGAUAUUGGAGAUGUGGAUUAAGGAAAAUGUAAUUGAUGUUUGUCACAUCAGCCUUAAUACUUUUCUGUAAUUCAUCUUCUUCUAUGUAUAUAAAAUAUUUAUAGUAUUGU